UCGUUUUGCUUCUCCGGUUUCACCCAGAGUGCUACAGCCAUUUUUCCUUAUCUCACCACCGCAACGAAUCUAGGGCCUCAUUGUCAUUCCAAACCUCGAUUUAUCGAUCUGUUUCUAUCAGAUCUGGUUUUGGAACGUUCAAAUUGUGUUUGUGUUCGUCGAUAUAGACAGUGCACAGUUUAAAAUGUUUGUUUGAUUUCAUUGUUUUCAAUUACAGUUUUUCCGACGAAAAUGAUGAUUUACGGGCCAUUAACACCUGGUCAGGUGUCGUUUUUCUUUGGACUUAUCCCCGUGUUUGCAGCUUGGUUAUAUUCGGAGUUGUUGGAGUACAAGAAAAUUUUGGUGACAGCCAAACUUGGCAGGCAUUCUGAUGUCAAUUUGGUAGAGUUGGGAAACCAGGCAGUCAAAGAAGAUGAUCGAGCUGUUUUAUUGGAGGGGGGUGGUCUCCAAUCAGCAUCUCCAAGAGUUCGUAGUUCAUCUGCAACAUAUCACCUCUUCAGGUUCUUUCUGUUGGAUGAGUCUUUCUUGCUUGAAAAUCGUUUGACUUUGAGAGCUAUAUCAGAAUUUGGUGCCUUUUUGAUAUACUUUUACUUUUGCGAUCGUACGAAUAUCUUCGGUGAAUCAAAAAAGAGUUUCAAUCGGGAUCUGUUUCUGUUCCUCUACUUCAUUCUCAUCAUAGUUUCGGCAAUUACAUCUUUCAAGAUACAUCAUGAUAAGUCACCAUUUUCAGGAAAACCCAUACUUUAUUUGAACAGGCAUCAAACUGAGGAGUGGAGAGGUUGGAUGCAGGUAUUAUUUCUUAUGUACCAUUACUUCGCUGCAACAGAAAUUUAUAAUGCCAUACGAGUUUUUAUUGCUGCAUAUGUGUGGAUGACUGGAUUCGGGAACUUCUCAUAUUAUUAUGUUCGCAAAGAUUUUAGCCUUGGAAGGUUUGCUCAGAUGAUUUGGCGGCUUAACUUUUUGGUGUUAUUUUGCUGCAUUGUACUCGACAACAGUUACAUGCUAUACUACAUAUGCCCCAUGCACACUCUUUUCACUCUCAUGGUUUAUGGGGCGCUUGGUAUUUUUAACAAGUACAACGAGAAUGCGACUGUCAUUGCUGUAAAAUUCAUAGCCUGCUUUUUAGUGGUUAUUCUGAUAUGGGAAGUGCCUGGAGUGUUCGAUCUUAUUUGGAGCCCAUUUACAUUCCUUCUCGGAUACACUGACCCAGAUCCUUCAAAGUCUAAAUAUCCCCUCUUGCAUGAGUGGCAUUUCCGCUCAGGCCUUGAUCGCUACAUAUGGAUAAUUGGAAUGAUUUAUGCAUACUAUCAUCCAACAGUUGAGAGGUGGAUGGAGAAACUGGAGGAAACUGAAGUAAAACGUAGGAUUUCAAUUAAAGCGGCUGUCAUGAUCAUUAGUACAGUGGUGGGAUAUUUGUGGUUUGAGUAUAUAUACAAGCUUCCAAAGGUUACAUACAACAAGUACCAUCCUUAUACCUCAUGGAUUCCAAUAACUGUCUAUGUAUGCUUGCGAAACGCCACCCAGCACUUUCGUAGCUACUCCUUAACACUUUUGGCAUGGCUUGGAAAGAUCACUCUGGAGACCUACAUCUCACAGAUCCACAUAUGGUUAAGAUCAGGUGUGCCGGAUGGUCAGCCUAAACUCUUGCUCUGCUUGAUCCCCAAUUAUCCUUUGUUGAAUUUCCUGCUCACCACUUCCAUAUAUAUUGCGGUUUCACAUAGGCUCUUCCAACUCACAAAUACGUUGAAAUUGGCAUUUGUACCCAGUAAAGAUGAUAAGCGGUUGGCCUACAACAUAGUUGCUGCAGCAGUGAUUGCAAGCAUUUUGUACACGUUGGCUUCUGUAUUCUUGAAAAUACCUCAGAUGCUGGCGUGAGAAUUCAGAAUGUAUAUCGUAGAAUGGCACAUGCUUGCGCAUCAGUGUGCAUAUUAACCAUACUGCUCGAUUGCAAGAGGCUUUACUGCUUAGCAGAGUGACGCAGUGGCAGAGUUGGAUAGUGGAUAGAAAUGUAGCUUUGAGGACAGCUAUUGCAUAGGAAAAGGGCGUUAAUGAAGUCAACCUUUGAUGAAGAGGCUGUACUUUCCAUACCUUGUCUUAUUGAUUUUUGUGGCAUUAUAGUUGAUUACAGGAUUCAACCUCUAAUUGAGGAGACCAUUAUAGCCAUCAUGAGUAC